AUGUCUAAGAUUCUCACUGUUGUUGGUGCUACUGGAGUCCAAGGCGGCUCUGUGGUUUCCUCUGCUUUGAAGUCUGGUGCCUACAAGGUCCGCGGUGUUACUCGCAACGUUAAGAGUGCCGCGGCCGAGGCCUUGGCCGCACAGGGUGUUGAGAUGGUAGCUGCAGACGCCAAUGAUCUCGCAAGCCUCAUCAAAGCAUUUGAAGGAUCUCACGCCAUUUUUGUUGUCACCGAUUUCUUUGCCUCUUUCGCGACGCACGGAGUUGAGGAAACGGUUGCCAUUGAGUCUACGCAGGGAAUCAAUUGCGCAAAGGCCGCAUCCAAGAUUGCUACACUUGAGCAUUACAUCUGGAGUACUCUCCCGGACAACCAAAAGAUCUCCGGCGGCAAAUACUCCGUGCCUCACUUUGAAAGCAAGGUUAAGGUUGAUCAGUACAUUCGACAGGAUAAGGCUUUGCUGAGCAAGACUACUUUCCUCUUCAUUACUUACUAUGCGACAAACAUUCUUAUGCCUAUGUUUACGCUUAACUUAUUUAAAACCGCUGGUAAGCACGUCCAGCUGCUGCCUAUCGCCGAGGAUACCCCCAUUACUACCCUUGGCGCGACAGCAAUCAACACUGGAAUCUACGUCCUUGCCAUCCUCCAACAGCCCCACCUCACCCUGCCUGCCAGGACUGUCCUUGCCGAGACCGAGACACGGACCGCCAAGGAUAUUGUGAAGCUCUGGUCCGAGGUCUCUGGAAAUCCUGCUGAAUUUGCAUCGGUUUCCCUUGACCACUACAAUAACUUGUGGCCCAAAUGGGGUCGUGAGGUUGGUCUCAUGCUGCAGUUCUGGGAUUACGCUCGUGAGAAGAGCUGGAUCGCUGAGGACACGGUUAUCAAGAAGGAGCACUUGAACAUCUCUGGCCUGGUGGGCAUGAAGGAAGUCUUUUCUGGAAUCGACUGGGCCACCUUGUGA